CCGAACAUUCCUCUAGGUACUUGCACCGGACCAAAUAAAAGUUCCAUUGAAUAAGACUGAUUUCAUAGUGUGACUUUAUUGAAAGAAUCUAUUAAAAUUUUGGAAAACAAAAGGAAGAUGGUCCUUCCUACAUUUUUUAGAGGCUUCUACAAAAUCCAGUUCCGCGCUCAUUUCUCGGUUGUUCACCGUUCCGCCGUCAUCGUCCCAAGAUGAGCCGCGAAAGUGCGGAUUCGAGCUCAAAGAUUGACAGUCGCAUGAACAGCAGAACUGGCGGCGAUGGCGAAAGCCCUCGACGCUCCUCUCCGGCUUCGUCAAAGAAAACCCUCGAGUGGGUGGCGCUCGAAAAGCAUCCUAUCUUUGGCAACAGCAACAGCAGUAGAAGCACCGCCAUCAUUGACGCUUCGGGAACCACCUCUUCCUCUUCCAGCGUCCUUCAAAAUCUCUUGGCGUGGGAUGCCGGCUCCUCUCGCCUUUACCUCUGGGAUGCAGGAUCCCAAUGCGUCCACCGCCUCGCCAUACGUUUCCGCGAUCCAGAUCCCGUUUCCCGCUCCACAUCUUUCUCUGCCGUGGUGGUAGAGGCGGCCUUCCCAUCUGAGAUAUUCUCGACUGAUAUUGAUAUUCAAGCUACAGUCCACGAUAUUUCUCUUAAUACGGAUGGCUCAACAUUGCUUCUUACUGGUUCUGAAGGACUAAGUGUCAUGCAUCUGUACGAAAGGACUUAUUCUUUUGAUGGAAAAAUUUCUUGCAGGACAGUAUUAGUUGGUUCGAGACUCUUUUCUAGCAAUAACAAUGGCUUAAGAAUACUUCAAGCGACUUGGCACCCUUACAGCAGUAACCAUUUAGGUGUUUUAUCCUCAGAUUCAGUUUUGAGGCUAUUUGACUUGUCAUCUGACUUAGAGCGAGCCGAGCAGGAAUUUUAUCUGCAGCCUGAACUUGGAAGAAUUCAAAAUACUGUUUCAUUCUGUCCUAUUGCAUUUUCAUUUGGAGGUCAGCAUUUGUGGGAGAGAUUUUCAGUAUUUAUUUUAUACAGUAAUGGUUCCCUGUACAUUCUUUGCCCUAUUGUUCCAUUUGGAAGUUUUUUCAGUUUGAUGCAUGUCAAGGAGAUCUAUAAAGAUGCUCAUGUUGGGUUGGAUUCGUCCAAUCCAACAGUUGCCAGAAACUCUGGUUUGGCCAUUACUUGGUUAGAAGCAACUUUUCCUGAGUUAGUUGAGCGGAAGAUGGAAGAAGAAAGUGUUUUUUUAUUAAGAGCUCAUCCUUAUACUCCCAUAGAAGCAUCUCUAGCAUUACAGGGACCUCUUGUAUACGCUUCCUAUGGAGAAAAAACUGAUGAGCCCUAUGUUUCAGUUACAGGUUGUGAAGGCAAGCCAGUAAACUUUCUUUACUGCUCGAUUGGAAAGGAUUCUGUUGUUGUGAUUGCUUGGAGCAGUGGUUUGCUUCAGAUUGAUGCUCUGAUAGAUGAGGCUCAGCCACUUUGGAAAGCUGGUAGCUCUCCCCAUUUUCGUGUAGACACUUCUGGUAAUAUUGAGGGUGUUGCAGUGAUAUGUCAAUCAGAUUUGGAAGAGUCAGCAAUAAGCCACAAACGAGUUGAACAUGAAUUAGCAAACAUGCAGGGUGCUUCUGCUGCUGUUUCUUACAGAGAUCCCCUUCUAUUAUUGAAGUUAGCUAUUGUGGACUUAUCAUUGCCUAAAAACGCAUUGAAUCGUUGUCUGCUUUCACUCUUCCCUGAUCCCCUUGUAUCUGAGAGAUUUUACUGUUUACAUAGUGGUGGUGUGGACAUGAUUAUUAUACAUUGCCUACCUUUUUCAAAUAUGAUUCCUGAAAUGGAGGCGGCAACGUCAUCUGUGUGCCCAAUUCUCACGACGUCCCAUUCUGAAUCUUCACCUCAAGCUCUUUGUGGUUUUGCCGUGGUGGCAGAUUCAUAUGGUCAUUCACAAUUUGUUGGAGUGACACCCACUAAUGAAUGUAUUGUGCUGGAAAUGAAAGGUUGGAAUGAGAUGCUUCCCUCCCACUUUGACUUGGAUAUGAAGCCUUCUGGUUCAACCGAGACCAUAAUUUCUGAUCUCCUAAGCAAAGAACUUCUUAGUGGUCCAAAAGCUAUCAUAAUUCCUCCAUCAACAAGUCUUCGAUCCUUGACUCCUGAUUCUAUUGAAGGUCGAUCUACUCUCCAUCACUAUAUCAAGCUCUUCCAUGAAAACUAUGUGGAAUAUGCACAUAAGGUGUAUAUCGAGCUUGAACAACAUGGUGAGUAUGUGAAGACAAUAACAGACACCCAACUAAAACGCUUGAAAGAGGUAGAACAGCGCCUUUCAAAGCUUGAGAAGAAUGAAAAGGGAGUAGAAGAACGAAUCAGCCGUGCCUUCAAAGUAUAUGAGCUAUUGGAGCAGCGUCUAAAGAAUUUUGAAGUAUUACCUGCUGCAAAUAAAAAGCCACUUUCAAAAGCAGAAAGAGAAUUCAACGCUGAUCUAGAUAGAAUUACAGAUCUGGAGUUGGAUGAGUUUCAUUCUGCAAUUGAUGCAUUGAAUACUCGCCUGAAAAGAUAUCUUCAGACUUCAGCUGCUAGUUUGUCGAAAGUGGCAAUGUUAGGUUCUGGAAGGAGAAAGAAUUAUGUUCCAAAUGAUCAGGUUUCUCAGUUGAAGUCGGCUUUGAGUCUGCUCUCAAACAUCAACAGCGAGAACGUCAAGAAGGUUAAACUAAUUGAAGAUAGAUUAGAAAGCCAGCAGGAAUAGCAGGUUAGUACCGAUCAACAAUGAUGCUGCUCGAUUUUUCUUUUCUGAUUUUGUGUGCUUCUUUCCAUGUAAAAGAAAAAAAGAUUUGCAUCGAUCAGUUCAGCCUCUGAGGUGUUUUUGUUGUAGUUAGUUAUCAGCUAUUUUUAGCGUGAAAUGGGAGACUACUAACCUGCUGUACUUUGGAAAUCAAGGGUAUAUUUGAUAGUGUUUCUCUGAUUUUUUUUUUU